AUGUUGACAACUAGCGGUGAUGGUUCAGUGGAAGGAAGUAGUAGUGGAAGAGACGCUGUCGAACUUCGACCUAGAACGCAGCGCUCGGGAUCGGGCCCUCGUUUGUCCAAAUCUGAGGAGGGCAGAUCAAAUCAGAAGGUGAUAAUUGAGAAGAAAGUGAAGCCGGGCGAUAGUCUGAACAAAAUUGCACUUCAGUAUUCAGUGGAUAUAUCGGAAUUAAAACGAACGAAUAAUAUAGUGAAGGAGCAAGAUCUAUACGCACUGCCUGUAGUACGUAUCCCAAUAAGUCGAUUUCGGAAGGAGUUGAAUUUGGAGCAUGAACGAGACUUAUUGAGAGACGAUAGUCCUGAUGAAUCGGAUGCCGCAGAUGAUAAGCCAUUACUAAGUGAUGGGUCGUUGAGUCGUAGCGUAGACAAGUUAUUCGAGAAGACUGAUCAGUCGAUAGCGCAAGUCAGAGAAACGAUUCCGAACGUGGAGGGUGCUUUCCAUUUUGUUGAUGCGAACUCACCUGAUCAAUCGCAUAAGGGACUGUGGAUUACAAUAGUGAUCGUAAUUGUGAUGUUCCUGAUAGUACCGCUGGUGUUGACGUUUUUCGAGGAGAAGAGCGAGAUUUUCGAUGAACGCGACGGUGUGUCAUCGCAUUUGGUACGAAGGAAAAGUGUUCUUGAUUCGUAG